GCGAAAGGGGAAGUUGGGAGGAACCGAGAGGAAGGUACGAGUCUUUGGGCUUUAGACAUUUGUUCUGUUAUAUUAAUAUCUGGGAGUGAGUGUUUGAGAAGCACCUCUUGACUUCAGUACGGGAGAUUGGGCUCAGGGUCAUGGCAGGAAGAGGUGGAGCAACGCGACCUAAUGGGCCGAACGGCGGCAACAAAAUCUGUCAAUUCAAACUAGUGCUUUUGGGAGAAUCUGCUGUGGGGAAGUCAAGUCUAGUCCUUCGCUUUGUAAAAGGACAGUUUCACGAGUUUCAGGAAAGCACAAUAGGAGCUGCCUUCUUGACUCAGACAGUGUGUUUGGAUGACACAACAGUGAAGUUUGAGAUCUGGGAUACAGCCGGCCAGGAGCGCUACCACAGUCUGGCUCCAAUGUAUUACAGAGGAGCACAGGCGGCCAUAGUGGUGUAUGACAUCACGAAUGAGGAAUCAUUUACACGUGCGAAAAACUGGGUGAAAGAGCUUCAGAGACAAGCCAGUCCAAAUAUUGUAAUAGCUUUGGCUGGAAACAAGGCAGACCUUGCCAACAAGCGAGCGUUGGACUUUCAGGAUGCACAGUCGUAUGCAGAGGACAACAGUUUGCUCUUUAUGGAAACGUCGGCAAAGACUUCAAUGAACGUGAACGAGAUUUUCAUGGCCAUUGCAAAGAAACUGCCCAAGAACGAGCCCCAGCCUGCAGGUGCCAGCACGGGACGCAACAGAGGCGUGGAUCUGACAGAAACGGCACAGCCCACGAAAGGUCCCUGCUGUAGCACCUAAACGCCGACGCUCCUCACCUCCUAACCAACCGCGUCACGUCUGGACACGGGGCUCCUCCUUCCAAACCUCGCUCCGUGGAUUAGCUAAAGACUCUGUAUAGCUGGGUUUCUAAUACUUUUUUUUACUUUUUAUUUUUAAGAAAAUAUAUGUAAAUCUGCAGUCUACUGGAUGCAUGUAUCACUACAAAAGCUAAAUACACAUUUUAACUCAAUUCAGCAGGAGAACAAAGGAGAGCGUUUAGUAUAUGAAACUGAUUACCUUAUGACCAGGCCCAGGAACAAUCUGCAGAAAAAGGAUUUAAGCCUGUUAAAUGAAGCUAUUGUUAUCGGUAGCUAAGCGUAAUCAUCAAAUUAGCCGGCAUAUUUAAUAAUAAACCCCAUGAACGCAUUACAAUCUGCUUAUGACUCAAUGUUCAAGAGUUUUAAAACUGCUCGUGAAAAACUAGAUCCUCCGUCAGAGCCGGUCUAACGUUGGUUGUGGGUUUUAGUUUGGAUGCAGUAGCUUGUUGUUCCUCAAUGCGCCUCGAAUGAGAAUGACGGGCCAUCAUUACCAGUGUAACGAUGAGUUGCUGAAUUAGAGUAAAACAUGUUCAGCCUGCUGUAUUGAUUAUAAUUAUUAUUAUUAUUAAUUGGGACUGUAUUCUCAUCUCUGUUAUGCUUAUAAUCUUAAUGUCUGGCCCAUAUGGAAUCGGUUUUUAAACACGUGUUUAAUGGACGACAGCGGUUUAAUGGACGAUAAACUAACCAAGGUAUUUAAUGGGGAAAUUAAAGGUGUAGUUCACUUU